AUGCUAGUUCAGCUCGAGCGCGUCGCGAAUAAGACAUUUGACUACGUGGUGGUCGGUGGUGGCCUCUCGGGGCUUGUCGUCGCCACACGGCUUUCAGAAGACCCCACGCUCUCGGUGUUGGUACUAGAAGCUGGCGAUGCUAACCUAGGAGACCCAAAGAUCCUAUCACCUUUGCAAGUACAAACCCAUUUCGGCCUGGAGAAGUACGAUUGGAAGUAUCAAACAACCGAGCAAGUGGGCCUUGGUUCGAGAACAUCGGCGUGGCCGCGCGGAAAGGGCUUGGGCGGAAGCUCUGCAAUUAACUUCAUGCAGUAUCACCUACCCGGAAGGUCCGAUAUCGAUGCAUUCGAGAAGCUCGGCAACAAGAAUUGGAAUUGGGAUCUUCUUCGACCCUACUAUCUGAAGUGCGAGGGCUUCGUUCCACCCCGCGCAGAGGGAGACCCUGUGAGCUACGAUGCCGAACUGCACGGGAAAGAAGGCCCUAUCACCGUCACGUAUCCAAGCGAGUGGUCUCAGCUGGAAACGCCGUAUAUGCAGGCACUCGAAUCCCUUGGUCUCCCUCGGGUGCAUGAGCCUUUUUCGGGAGACAUCAAAGGCAGCUGGAUCACACCGGUGUCCCUCGAUCCAAAGACCGGUCUCCGUUCCUAUGCUGCAAACGCGUACUAUGAACCAAACAGUGGCAGAGCCAACCUAUCUGUUCUGACAAACGCGCAUGUCAUUCGUGUAGACACUUCAAGGGCGAUACAGGGGGGACUUCUGACUGCAUCGUCUGUCGCGGUCGAAUGCGAGGGUCAUAUCAGUGAAGUGAGAGUUGGUAAAGAGGUCAUUCUUGCUGCUGGUGCUAUGGGAACUCCCCAAAUCCUGGAACUUUCUGGUAUUGGUGAAGCCAAAGUCCUAUCCAAGGCUGGGAUCGCCGUCAAGCAUGCUCUUGCUGGUGUUGGUAAUAACGUUCAAGAGCAUGUACGGGUCAAUACAGUGUUCGAGCUUAACGAUGACCCAACGGACAAGUACCAAACUUACGACUUCGUUCGCAACCCGGACCUGCUCAAACGCCAUCUUGAGACCUACAUGACCUCUCUUUCCGGCCCAUUCGCCAUGUUACCGUCAUGCAUGGCGUUCUCGCCUUUCUCCGUCAUCUCACCGGACCACGAGAGACUUCGCGACGAACUGUCCGCCUCUCUCGCUCAGGCCGCCAAUAGCGGGAAAUACUCUCCCUCAGUCCAGAAGCAGCACACCAUUCAAAUCGAUCGCCUCAAGACGGAUGAGCCGAGCUGCGAACUUUGUAUAUACGGCGGUGCUAUGCCCCGCAUGCCUGGUGAGAACCAGCCGAAGGAGGAUAAGAAGUACGGCACCAUCGUUUUCUUGACGAAUCAUCCGUUCUCACGCGGUUCAAUUCAUGUCACUGGCCCGAAGUCGUCCCCGGUGUAUCAAACUAUCGAUCCGAAGUACUUUGACGAGGAAUAUGAUCUCAAGAGCAUCGUUGAAGGAAUCAAGUUCGUACGGCGACUUGUGCGCACCGGGCCGCUCAAAGACAUCUUCUCUGGUCUCGAGCUAACGCCCGGUCCUGAGUGCAAUAGCGACGAGGCGCUCGUUGACUAUGUGAAGAACAAUGUCAUGACGUCCUAUCAUACGAUCGGAACUUGUUCCAUGCUCCCUCUCGAGGACGAUGGCGUCGUGGACACUGACCUGAAGGUAUACGGCACCCAGAACAUACGCGUCGUGGACGUAUCGAUCAUCCCUCUCCAAAUCAGCGCUCAUCUGCAGGCGACUGCAUACGCCAUCGCCGAGCUAGCGGCCGAUAUCAUCAAAGGUAAAGUGCAGCUGUAG